AUGUCAGAUAUCCAACAAUAUCUGCUCGACUUCGACAGAAAUAAGAAAGAGGCGACGGUGACUGCUCAACGGAGCGCGACGCGACUGAAGAAUGGCGAACUGAAGCUUAUAAGCCUGGUCACUGACCUUGGGGAGUACUUGAACAGUGAAGAUGGAGCUACAAGAUCGAAGACAAUGUCGUAUCUCGCGGAAGUACUGGCAUCUGUUCCGCAGAAGGUCCUCUCCCUUCAACAGCGAAACCUACUCUGCGAUUUCAUCCUUUCCCGAACCGAAGACAACGAAGGCCUCGGAUCAUGCGCGAAGGCACUAUUGGCACUGGAGGAGCUAGGGAAGUGGGAUGAUCAGCGGGUAAUUAGCAUCGUUGACGCCCUCCUCAACAACACACACCCGCUGCGUCAGUACAAGCAGCAGAGCGAACGCUAUCCAGUAUUGCGCCUGAUUGACACACUCAUGGCAAAGUACCGCGAAGUCCUACGAGCCCACCACGACGCAACACCAGACUUUUUGGGGCGCUUUAUAGCAUACUUUGAUGGAGAGAAAGAUCCUCGGAAUCUGAUGGUCGUUUUCUCAAUACUGAGGGUACCGAUGACGGAGUGGAACAUUGGUGGAGAUGCUCAGGACCUUUUCGACGCAGUCUUCAAUUACUUCCCCAUCACCUUCAGACCGCCCCCUGACGAUCCAUAUGGUAUCACAGCACAAGACCUGAAGGAUCGCUUGCGAGAUUGCAUCUCAUCCACAGCCGACUUUGCGCCAUAUGCGUUCCCUGCGCUCCUGGAUAAACUCGAUUCUACAUCUAUGAACACCAAGCGAGAUGUUCUGUCAACAAUUACCGCCUCAGUGACCGAGUAUGGACCACGGACCGUAUCGCUAUAUGCAGUCACACUAUGGGAUGCGUUGAAGUUUGAGGUACUAAACGUUCAGGAGGAAGACCUGGCAAAAGAGGCACUCGCGGGCCUGGCCGCAAUCGCAAGGAUGCUUUCACAGGGUACACCAGGAUCACUAAACGCAUACCUCAAACCAAUUAUCAAGGAAUGCAACGAACACCUCGAAGACGCUCCAACAAAGCAGUCACAGGCUUCUGCAAGGUUUCUGCAAAGCAUUGCCAACGUUUCUCCCGAAGUUACCAGUAUUCUGCUAGCCGGAGUACUUCCGAACCUUUUCUUGCUGUUCCAGACAGCUGACACCAUGGCAAAGCGCCGAGGGUUGUUGGAGGUUCUUGUCCAACUCGUAAAGGCCAACAUCGACGUGUAUGGCGACUGGAAGAAGAUGGGUCCUGGCGGAGCAGAAGUCAGCAAAAACGCGCUCGCGCAGUUUCGAGACCAAGCACUGGAAGUAAUGUUGAAUGGUCUCGAGACAGCUCCCGCUAAGGAAGUAUCUUUCCGACUAGUCUGUCUCGAUGGACUCAUCCAGCUUUCAAAAGCGCGAGGACUGCUAAGCGAUGAGGAUAUCGGCCGCAUCAUUCAGCUUUUGCAUUCGGUUGUCAUCCACGAAGAAUCGUAUGGGAAGGACGAGGUUAAGGAAGCAGCGAUUAAUGGCAUCGUCGAGGUUGCCCACCAGAAGCCACAGGUUGUUGUGGAGAAAGCAUUCCCGGCUUUCCUUGCUCAGCUUCCAGAUACGGAUGCAAAUGGAUCGAACAAUUACUCAACUGUGCUCGAAGCCUUUGCCAAGCUAGCGGGCGAAGAACAAGUUUUCGACACGGUCAUACUGCGGCUCAAGAACAAGUUCAGCGCGGCAGUCCAACAGGGUGCUUCCUCUACAUAUAUCGUUGCACUGCUCUCUGCGAUGUUGUAUGCACUCAAGAAGGGCGAGAACAAGCUGUCGCAGGGUUCAGACAGUUCGACCUACUACAGGGACAUCGCACUACCACUUCUCCAACGCGCAUCAAGUUCUGAUGAAUCACAUCCGGUGGCGUUUGAUGACGAGACAACACUGGAUCUUGUCGGUCGCAUAUGCAAUCUGAUUAUCAGAUAUCUGCCUAUCCAUCAGCAGAAUACUGUUGCUACCGAGCUGUACACCCUAUUCCGUGAAAAGCCACAAACCGAACUCCCGCCUUUCAACCUCAGCGCUGGUGCCGAAACGAAUAAGACGAUGAUCGUCUCUACCCACCUCCUCGCUUCCCUUCGCAAGGAUGCGAUCCUGCCUUGCGAACUACAGCUCCUAGUCUCUUCUCUCGCAAACUACGCCCAGCAACCUUCCCUAUCUCUACCUAUCCGAUCAGCCUCCCUUCGUCAGAUGUCGCUUGUCAUCAAUAAGUACUACACCUCUGCCGCACUCAAGACAUGUAUGGAUCCCCUCGUUGCGGACUUCGAUCUCUUCAACCCGGAGAAGCUUGACCCACCACGGAUACGCAUCAUCUUCGCUUGUCUUAAAGGCAUCGUACUACGGAGUAGCCCUGCACUGAACACGUUAUAUCCAACGCUCUUAUCCCUACUAUCACAUCCGAAGUAUGGAAGUACAGUUGCCCAAGGUUUCACAACUCUGUUACAGCCUGACGACCUUCUCACCAAGGAGAACCACUGCCAAAUUCUCGGCCUACAUAAGCACAAGAGCUUCGCAUUGUUGGUACCAAGCAUUACAAAAGCGUUCCGGGAAGCAGACCCCCAGACCAAACCCAACUACCUCAUUGCACUUAGCGGUGCGCUAAGAUGGAUGCCUUUUGAGAUAGUUGUUGAAGAAGUCGGUCAACUCGUCACCCUCCUCCUACAAUCUCUUGAUCUUAAGGGCGCCGACAACGUCAAAGAAGCGGCGAUUGGUACGCUUACUUCUACGCUUGUUGAGAAGCCAGAAGUACUUGAGGAACAUGCUGGUGCACUCAUCUCCCGUCUUCUGACUAAUGCUACUGUUACCAAGGAGAAUAAGGCUGCGCCACCACCGCCAGCAGUCAGAGUAGCGGCGUUGAAGUGUUUGCAUCUGGUGGCGGAGAAGUUUAAAGAGGAGCGAAUACUAGGGUACAGGAGGGAGGUUGUAAGGAGACUUAUUGCUGCGCUGGAUGAUGUGAAGAGAGAGGUUAGGAGUGCGGCGGUAAAGUGCCGGGCGAAGUGGUUGCUGGCCGACGAACCUGAUGAUGAAUAG